AUGGGCUCCAAAGAUGACGAGUACGAUUACUUGUUUAAAGUUGUUUUGAUUGGUGAUUCUGGCGUCGGAAAGAGUAACCUGCUGUCAAGAUUUACUCGAAAUGAAUUUAAUUUGGAGAGCAAAUCUACGAUUGGCGUCGAGUUUGCCACCCGCAGCAUUCAGGUGGACAACAAGACCAUCAAGGCUCAAAUUUGGGACACCGCCGGUCAGGAACGGUACCGCGCCAUCACCAGCGCAUACUACCGAGGCGCAGUGGGCGCUUUGCUCGUCUACGACAUUGCCAAACAUCUUACUUACGAGAAUGUCGAAAGAUGGCUUCGCGAGCUACGAGAUCACGCCGACCAGAAUAUUGUGAUAAUGCUAGUGGGAAAUAAGAGCGAUCUACGCCAUCUCCGUGCCGUGCCUACUGACGAAGCCCGAGCUUUUGCUGAAAGAAAUAAUCUCUCUUUCAUCGAGACUUCUGCUCUGGACUCCACGAACGUAGAAGCCGCAUUUCAACAAAUCCUGACCGAAAUCUACCGAAUAGUCUCCCAAAAGCAGAUCCGCAACGACAAUGGAGAUGAAACGUCCCCCUCUGCCGACAACAUCAGACCCAUCACCAUUCCUCCAACCGACAACGCGGAACGCAAGAACAGGAGCAACUGUUGCCAGGCUUAG